AUGGUGCAUCGGCUUCUUCUGGCAGUAGUCGCUGUUGAGGCUGUCCGGGACUCGGACAUGCAGCUGGAGACCAGCGAAGGACACUGGAAGAUGCACCACAGAGCCCACCAUCAUCACCACCACCUUCACCACCACAAGCACCCGGACCAGGAGGCGCAGCUUGAAGCUGCCGAUGCAGAGAAAGGUGCUGAGCUGUCCCAGUCAGCGUUUUCCCAAACCGCUACCUCGGCGUACGGACAUGCAGACCCAUUUCCAGUGGGUAGCUUGCUGUCGGCCCACACGCAUCAUCAGCACCGGGACCACCAUCAGAAAGCGGAUGCAGCGACCACGGACGAAUCUGACACCGAAGCCUGUCAGGAGGAGGUGGACAUCCACCAGCCGCAGCACCUGCUGGAAGCCUUGAGGCGAUGCUUGGAAGCGAGGAAAGAGCUGUCCGUGAAGACGCAGGAGCUACUAAAGGAAGAGAAGGAGGGUGGCAAGGUUUAUGCCAAAGAGGUUACAGGGAUCAUGGACCUGAUCAAGCAUGUGCAGGAUGCAGACAGGAUGGACGGCCCAUGGAAUGAGGACCACAAGCAGGUCCUGCAGCAGCUGCUGGAGCAGACCGGUGAAGCAGAGAAAGAAGCGCAGGCCGUUUGGCAAGACCACCACGACUCCGGCGGCGCCCACGCCCCGUCUCACUCCGAGCCCGUCGCGGACUCGGGCGACGCCCACUCCAACUCCUGA